UGAGUAAACGAAGCGUGAACCGCACAAGUGAGGGACAAUGCUGCACGUACGAGAGAGAGAGCGAGAGGGAAAGACGAAUGCUGCUGAGAAACUGCACAACCUGCAUCCCAUAAACCGAGACACAUUGAUGUUUUGCUGACAGAGCCCGAGCCCGCACACAAAGCCCGUGGUUUAAAUUCCACGUUAUUUUCUUUAUAAAAAGCUGCAGUGUUUUGUUCUUACCGUUCUCAUUUCCUUGGAAUCAUGUUGCUGCUGUGGAAAUGAUCUCAGUCUAUAUAUAAUGUUUUAUUAGUAUUAUUGUCUCACUGUCUGGAUUUAUUUUCCUCUGCGAAAAGCGCUGACGUGAUUUUAAUCUCUGAAGUAAAGGCAAGUGACAGGUUGUGUGCACUGUGUACAGACUCCGUCUGAACUCAAUAUAACUCACAGGCGGAAAGGGGGAGCAGCAGUGGAAGUAGCCGCAAUGCUACUGGCUGUGUUCGCACGGGUUUGUGAGACGAGGCUAGUCUGAAAGCACCGAGCGGAGCAGGAGCAGGAGGAGACGGAAUAUAACCAAACCACGGCAGCAGAUCAGAGAGAAGUGCUCGAUCCUGCCAUGAGAACUCUGUGCGGCGCCCUGGCGCUUUUCGGAUGGCUGCUGGUGACUCUUGAUGCCCAGUAUAUUUGCUGGCAAGCUCUGCUCAGGUGCCAACAGGAGAAAGACUGCGAACUGGCGUACAAUCAAUACCUAACAGCCUGUGAUGGUUACUUGAAAGGCAACAGUAGACAAUGCCCCAGCCACUGCAUCAGCGCCCUGGUCAGACUGAACCAGACCCGGAAUGGCCCGAACCUGGAGAGCUGUGACUGCGGUCAGGACGCGCAGUGCAGGAUGGCCAAGCGAGCCAUUGAGCCCUGUCUGCCCCGCAGGUAUCCUGGGGACGCGUCCGGUAUUGGGUGCACCGAAGCCCGCCAACGCUGCGAGGAAGAGUCUGGCUGCCACCCCAUGCUUACAGCCUACCUCUCCAACUGUGGGCAGCUGUUCAACGGCAGAAAAUGCACCUUAAAGUGCAAGACCACCAUUCAGCAGAUGCUUUUCAUCCCAAACGGGGUGCUCCUCAACCGCUGCGUCUGUGACGGGGUGGAGAGACCCUUCUGUGAGGUGGUCAAGGAAAACAUGGGGAAGCUGUGCUUUGGGGACCAGAGCUUCUCCACCAUGGACCCAGAAGCCGAGGACUUGUAUGAAGACGAAGAUUACGAGCUGAGGCCCGACAGGGAGGAGGUAGAGUCGGAUACGGUGUACUCCAAUCACCCGCCGUUCCUCGGCGCAGUGGGGCUGCAGCUCGGGCUGAUACUGGCUUGGGGGUUAUUUUGCUGACUGGCAGCUCAAAACAAAAUGGAUUUAAAACGGAACAGUAUUUAACGCUGGAGGAUACAAAGGUGAUAUUUUGGACGCAUUACAUUAUAUACUUCAUGACAGCAAUCGUGGUUACUAAACGCGCCACAUUGGAAUACAGCGUUUGGGGAAAUGCUUAAAUUAUUCCCCAAGACAAUGGUUUUUACGAAAGGACCGAGGGGGUGGGGGUGGGGGGAGAGAGGGGGAUCUUCCGCGUUGCUCUCGGUCUUGUCCUGGAUAAACAGAUUGCACACGUGGAAGCAACUUGUCUGUGUAACAUUCGUGUCUGAGCGCUUCGUGGGGGCUGCUUUAUUAAGACUUUAGACAAACACGAGGGUCCUGUUUCUGUUUACUCUCCUUCCUCGACACUCCAGAGCUGGCAUUGUGGUGAUCACUUCAAAUAUUUGUGGUGAACCUCAAGAGAACAGGCAAGGAGUUCGGAUCAAUCAGUUAAAUUAACUCAAGUGCUUCCCCCCCCCCCCCCCCCCUCUCCCCCUCUCCCCCUCUCUCUCCUCGAGUAAUUCCUGUUGAAAAGGACUCUCUCUCCCCCUACCCCCCUUUUCUUUUGCAGGGGAAGAGUGCUGUCUCGGACGUAAGGCUACACGAAACGAGACGGGGGAAAGUUGAAGGCGUAAUUGUUUAUUUAAUGUUAGCAAUUUUAAAUGUUUUGCCAGAACACAGUGACCGAUACUUAUUUUUUUUAUUUUUUUUUUACAGCAUAUCAUACAGACAUUCAAGGACAGGUUUUGUUAACCAGAGUCCACGUUUGAAAACUUUAAACCCCUUUUUUUAGAUGCUCGAUUCCCAGUAAACUGUUACAAGGAGGGUUUUGUAAGUUUAAAUCAAUGGAACAAUGGGAGCUCAUUUUUCCCCAAACCAUAUACGGUGAUAUGCUGGAUAUGACGUUGGCUUCAAUAAACAAGCUGUUUUUAGUCGAAAAUCUGUUUAUGUUUUAGUUGCCGCGUGUAUUCGGGUCACAGAACUGUAAGGUGUGAAUACGCUGUUCUUUUUACUGUGAACUUUAUGAUUCAGUCGUGCAUAUCUGAACUGCUGUUUAUUGAAGCUUACUUUUAAACCCAGACAGGCAGUAUUACUAAUAUGAACGGUUCAUGACGUUUUGGCUAUUUUAAGUACUUCAAAACAAACUGAAGGUACGGGUACUGUUUUGUUUGCUUGACUUUGUCCUGACUGUACGCAUUCCUUCGGGGUCAGGCGGACACGUUCUGAAUAACUAGGGCGUUCUUUUAUUCAUUAUAGCCGUAUGACCCACACAUACAUUGCGAAAAGUCAACGACACUUCAUUUUCAAUUGAAGCUUUUAGAACUAUCUAAAUUGUUAUUUUUGGUUUAUGUGAAUGUUUACAUUUGUAACUUUUUCAACAACAAAAAAGGUUAUUUUUUGUACAGGAAAAAAAUAAAUGAAAGCUAUUUAUGUGUUUUUAAAAUAAAAAAUGAAACAAUUGACAAGGUUCUGAACCUGUUUUAUAUAUUAUUCACCCUGAAGUAUAUAUUAGGCAAUAAAAAUGUAUCGCUUUGAAAACGUUUACUAAUAUAAACCCGAAUUAUUAAACGCGCGCUAGUGCUGAGUUUAGAAAUACAAAGAUACACUUAGUAAGUUAAAUGACACACGUUUAGACAAGUAGUCUUUCUCAGUGAACUGGGAUGCAUUUGAACUGAGCCUCAGCAUUCAGUGCACAAGGCGUUGCUUUAAUUGGGAGAUUUCCUCCCGAGUUUCCAUUGAGAGGCUCUAGUGUUAGCUGUGGAGACUGCCCUGCAGGGGGCGAGGCAAGGAAAUGGUUUGUUGGCGGUUAGCAAUUCUUCACAAGGAAUAAUCUGCAUAUCAGUGAGUGCAAAUUAUUUACCAUUUAGCUAAUCGAGACAAUUUGCCUCCUUACAAUGGUCGAAUUGUGCUCGAGUUUGAGGUAGCCUAUCACCGUGCUUCCAGUGCA